AUGGUGGUCAACAAGAAUCCCCAGUUCCUGCACAAUCUGACACUUGGCUACAACAUCCACGACAACUAUUUGAACACAGUUGGCACUUCAGAUGCCUUGCUGAAUGUACUCUCAACUGGAGAAGCUAAUGUUCCCAACUACAGCUGUGGAAAAAAGGACAAUAUUUUGGCCCUUAUUGAUGGAGCUGAUUGGGACAUCUCAAUCCAGAUGUCAACAUUAUUCCACCCCUUCCUGGAGAAGAAUGAGUUUUGCAAUCUUUCCCAGCGGAAACUGUACUUGGACCAAAAUGGGGAAAUAGCAGCAGAUUUCAAAAUCAUGAGUUUAGUGAUUCUCCCCAAUGAGGAUCCCCUCAAAGAACAACUGGGGACUUUUGAAAGACAGACACUUGAUAUCAGCCAAGAUGCCCUAUCAAAGCUGAAGUUGCUCAACAAGUGCCCAGAUGUUCAAUAUCCAAAUGAGAACCAAAUCCAAUGUAUCCUCAAGAGAAUAAACUUCCUGUCAUAUGAGGAACAUCUGGGCAUCAUCCUGGUCUCCUUUGCCCUACUCUUGUUCCUAACCACAGGCUUUAUUUUAAUCAUAUUUGUUACACACCUAGAAACUCCCAUUGUCAAAGCCAACAACCGGGAUCUCUCCUACAUUCUCCUGGUUUCCCUCCUCCUUUGUUUCUUAUCCUCCUUUUUCUUCAUUGGCCAACCAAGGAAAGCCACUUGUCUUCUCCGACAAAUGGUGUUCAGCAUUGUCUUCUCAGUAGCUGUGUCUUCUGUGUUGGCCAAAACAAUCACAGUAGUGGUAGCCUUCUUAGCCACGAAACCAGGGAACAGAAUGAGAAAAUGGUUGGGGAAGAGUUUGGCCAACUCCAUCAUCCUUUCUUGUUCUGGUGUCCAAAUUCUCAUCUGUGCCAUGUGGUUGGGAGUUUAUCCUCCUUUCCCUGACUCUGAUCUAUAUUCUGAGCCUGGAGAGAUCAUCCUUCAAUGCAAUGAAGGCUCUGUUGUCAUGUUUUAUGUUGUUCUUAGCUACAUGAGUUUCCUAGCUGUCAUUUGUUUUGUAGUGGCUUUCCUGGCCAGGAAUCUCCCUGGGGCCUUCAAUGAGGCCAAGCUGAUCACCUUCAGUAUGCUGGUCUUCUGCAGCGUCUGGAUCUCCUUCCUCCCCACCUACCUGAGCACUAAAGGAAAAUUCAUGGUGAUUGUGCAGAUCUUCUCCAUCUUGUCUUCCAGUGCAGGUCUACUGGGCUGCAUCUUCUUCCCCAAGUGCUACAUUAUCCUCCUGAGACCUGAUCUAAACACUAAGGAAUAUCUAAUGAUAAAAGUGGAAAACUGA